GUCCAAGGAAUUCAAACCAUGCCGCUUAUGUCUAUGGUGUCCCCUCCACGUCUGCCUGCCCAUCUCUCGCUUAAAGCUCAAGAUGCUUUUACCAUCGUCGAUACCAACACCGAUGACUCGAUGAAAAGUGGGAUGUAUGCCUCCUUACGGCAAGCAGCAUCGCUUUCUACUAAAAUCAUAACUUCUCGCCGCCCGGAAUCGCCACCAAUAAAAAAAAAAUUAGCACCCCUUCGACAUCGGCAUUUCAACGCAAAUGGGAUGGCUAGAACUCGACAACAAGCCAAUCAGGAAAUUUUGGGACUAUCGGGACUUUCGAGGGCUGAUGGGUGUAGAAGUGAAGAAGCACAUAAGCCACAGGUACACCAACAAUAA